AUGGAUACAUUGGCGCCAUUUUUGCAACAAAGAAAAGUGCCUAUUGAUAUUGAACACACUACUAAAGUCGACAAAUUGUUGCGACUUUUCUGUUCCACCGUGGAGAUUUUUCUACCUCACUUAAUAAGGACAAAUUACUUAAUGGCCGAGUUUUCGUUCUGCAAUUCUUCCCAAGAAUUAAGUCUAAUCAACACGGGAAUUACAGAAGCACUGAUGGGUCUGAAGUCAAGCCAGGCACCGUUAACCUCGUCUUCUGUGAGGCAGCUAAAUGAAGCAGAGGAAAUUAAAUUAGUUGAACGGCAUGUUUCAGAGAUGGAACGCAUUGUGGGACAGAUCAACCAAAGAAUCGAUCACAGGCCGUGGGAAUCGCUUUCCUGGGAAGACAGAGAAAACCAUGUGAACAACAACAACGCAAGAACUAGUCGUGGUAAUUCUACGCUGUCAUUUUCCCAGGAAGCCUUCACCUGUCCUAUUCUCAUUCGCUGUUGCUUACAACGACGACACCGUUCUAACGGAAUUUCAUCCCCUUCUUCCCAUUCACUCAGUUCUUCUUCCUCCCUAAGGUUAGGCUCAAUCCCUGCUUCCUCGGAAUGUCCCGCUGGGGUCAGACUUACCUCCCUCAGCCUUCGAAGGGGGCUCCCAUUUCUAUCUAGGGGCCCUCCUGGGUGGGGUAAAGCUCGGAUGACUCUCUUUUCUCGGACUAGCAACCCAUUCCUCCCUCUAUUCGAGGGGCACCAACGUAUUAACUCGCUUUAUCCCCAUUUACGGUCUCCCUCUGCCGUACACCACCGAGCCAUGUCCCCGAACUCGCCAAAAGUCGUGCAUUUGUCGGACAGUCACGGGAACUGCUUCAGCCUUCCAGUCCUCUUCCGCCUCUUCUUUCGGGUCCCGUAUAUGGAUCCGCCCCAUCCUCCUUUUUCAUCACUACUUUGCCCCCCCCCCCCGGGGGUUCCUACCUACAUCCCCUCUUAUUCUAUUCCAGAGUCGUCCGCUGCGAAAAAAAGGAAACCAAAAAGUGACUUACCUGAGGUCCACCGCUCCGUGUUUUGUUUCUUUUUCCUCCUUCUUUUGCUUCCUUCUCUUUUCCUCCUUAUGUCUUAUUCAGACCAAUAUAGUCCGAAGACUAGAGUCCUUUCUGGUCUUACUUGGUCCCGACUGGACAAAAGAAAUGCAACCUUCUCUCCUCUUUCAGACGGCCGUGGUAAUUGCCAUGGGUCUAUCCUGGUCAACACAGCACCAGUCUAA